CCUUCAAUUUCAUGAUUCAAUUAUAAAAACGCGAUGAACAGCUUAAAAAUCAGAUCCUUAACCUAAUAUCUGUGUUCAAGGCUCUAUUUCGAUGACCAGAUGAUUUAUUUACGGGCCAAUAACCGUCUGAGGCAAUCGUAUGGUCCAAGACAUGAAAUCCACCAGUUGCAGUAUUUAUGUUUUCGCCUCAGAGACCUGCCCAAACGAAAUACCGUAAACACAAACAUCCUGUCCCAAUUCUUGAACUUGACGUGUAAAAACAGCGUACAAUGCGGACACAUCGACGGUUUCCAAGAUGUGGAACCUCCUGAAAGGUAUCUAUUUGUAGAAGGAAUCCAGUGAGCAAUUCAAAAAGCACGUAUAUUGGGUGGAGGAGAGCUUUCGGCCAAAAUAUGACGUUCAGGCGCUGAAACCAGCUGAAACGCAUGCGCAAACUCAGAAUUUCCCCUCAGUAGUGCUUGUCAUAUCGAACAAGUUAACAUCAAUUCUCUAUUGAGAUUUCAAUAAAAACAGUUUAAUUGGGACCGUUCGAUCCAGAGCUAUCAAAAUACGAUAUAACCGUCUAGCUGAAAGGCCGAAGAACGAAAUGGAUUCUCAUGUGGAAAAUCGUUGGGGAGGUGGCGGGGAAGGCUCAAUUUUAAUUAAUCUAAGUAAUUUGAUUGAUAGCGAACAUCAAGCAUGAAAUAUUGUGUGUUAUCGUAUCAUUUUGAAGUCAAUCGAUUGGUGGUUGUUGAUGAAGUGAAGAAUUGAACCUGUUCGUGGAAACUCAAUAGACGGUUUAUUUUCGAAUUUUUUUUAAUAUGUCUAGUGGAAAUCUUUUAAUCUACGAAUAUACGAGUCCCGGAUGAUGUGUUUGGAUUGUAUUUGUAGAUAAUAAAUUUUUUGCGAGGAGAUGUUAGUGACUUUCUCGAUAGAAAUAUUAUGAAAAAACUAUCCAAGUGAUGGGGGUGGGGCCAAAUGGCUCGUCAACAGAAGCUACCUCUACGUUCCUACCACCUGCCACCACACUAGACCCCAUAGAAUUAAACAAGACCCGCAUAGCAGAAGAAUUCUACAGUACGUACGAUGUCAUGACAGGAAUCCGAAUAGCGAUGACACUUGGUGGUUUUUUCGCUUUCAUGGUUAUCUUGGUGCUAUACAAAUCCAAAUCCGAAACGGAGAAAGCCUUAGAAGACCCCGCCUUCACUGCAGCCGCGGUUGCGGACGCUGAGGAGGAAGAAGAACGACAACUGGCCGCUGUAAUAGAGGCCGAGGUGUUUCAGAAGUUGAAUCCGAGGAGGAGCAGGCAGUCUAUCGACAAUUCCAGCCUAUCCAGGAGCUGGAUAAGGUCGACCAGGAAGUAUUCUUCUCUGGGCGGUUACAGCAGCCUGAUGGACCCCCCGUUGAGGAUCGGGAUGCAUUCGCAGCUGCCAAGUUUCGAUGAAGAUUCUACCGAGGAUGAUCCGUCAGUCUUCGACGAUGUUAUACACAGUAGGCAUUUACACGUUCCUCGCAGAUGCAGCAACAUAACCUGCUCAUCUUCGGGCAGCUCCUACCUAGAGCGACGAGAUUCCGCCUUCCUGUUGGGCAUGCCAGCAAUUCCAGCGCACAAAUCCAGGUACAGAAGACGUCAGUCCUCCCCCCUUCCCGAAAUCUACGACUUCUACUAUCCCAUAGACAUCAGGGUGAUCCAACCGACCCCAGGGGGUUCCCCAUGCGGCAGUGACAGGGCCCUCUACGACCAAGUGAAGGACACGAUGAACCUAGAGCCGCGCCUAGCCCCCCUGGCGUCCAUAAGCAGCUGCAACAGCUCGCUAGAGACCGACUAUCCAGAGGCCGAGCAGCCUUCGUGUGGUGCUAGUGAUUCGAUUUUCGAAAAUCCAUGUGAUGACACAGACAACGAAGUCGAUGAGUUCUCGACCGAUAGUGAUGUUAACGAUGAACAGGGUGCCUGUUGUAGCCGACAACAGUUCAGUGUUCCACGCGACGCCACAGAUAGGAGCCUAACUUCUUCGUUCGUCUCUCUGGGCACUACAGUGAGACCUAGCUCCAAGUCUUCUCUCACCAUUGUGGAGAGUCCGGAGGAAGAGUUCGGAGGACAAACUGGUCAAGUAUCCACACCUUCCAGCAAUGAUGAGGACAAGUCUUGGGUGCAAGAAAUCCUUUUUUAACACGACCAUAUUUUUGUAACUUUUAUUCUUGAUAGAUGGGCUGAAUAUAUACGAAUUCAUAACUACUCUGAUGAACCAACUGAUUUCAUUUCGAACUGUUCUAGAGAAUCAAUCUUCUAUGUUCAGCAAUUCGGAAUACUAUGACAGUGAGAUCUACCCCAAGUUGUGAUUCAUCUGACAUCGUUAUGAAUGCAUAUCUGAGUGGAGACUAGGAGGAUAUAAAAUUGGAAUACGAGCCCGUUAUUCCCAUUAAAAAAUUGUUUACUCUGUAUUAUUCUCGUGAAAGGGGAAAAUUGAACAUACGAAGAGGAGAACAGUCAUUCAAAAGAGAGCUCAUUUUGUUUUUGUGUGGUAAAUAAACAUGGCAUGCCCGAAGGAAGUUCUGAACUGACCCCUGUUUGGUUCUCUCAACAUCCCCAGGGUCUAACAAGUUUCUAUUCGAAAGAAACUGAUGGGAGAUGAAGUGAGCUUUCAUAUAUUCUUUGAUGAAAUAUGCUACUUCCAUGAAAAAUUUCUGCGUGGGCGUUUAUGUUCAAGUGAAAAGUAAUUAACAUUUUCUAGAUGAAAAUGCCUCCAUGUUAUUUGUAAUUGAAAAGGUGAACAAUUGUGAACGAAAAUCUUGGACAUUUUAUGGAAAUUCUCUUCUGAAUGCAGUUCUCCUGUUUAAUUUCGAAUACCUAUAUCAGUUUGGACACAUAUUGUUGUAGAUUUAUAAAGAGAAUUAAAUCAGUAUCUUCCAAGAAGAGGUAUGCAAAAAUCUGUUGCAACAAAAAGGUCACUAUCGAUCGGACUAAAUAUGAUAUUUGUUAUCGUAAUUGUAUAAUUACUUCUGUUGUUUCCUCAUUUCUAUACAGGUGGAUUCGAAGGAAUUCAUCAGCUUUUAUCCAACUGUACGUAUAAGGGUGUUUAUUUUUUGAUGCAUAGCAUUUUCGUCGAAACUAGGUGUUUUAAUCAUAACCAUGGAAGUUCUUUUCCAACUCUCUUGCGUCAAAACAUGAACAUCGUCUACAAAAUCAUUCUUUUACGAAUACAAAACCUGCAAUAUUUCAUUUUGUGUUAGAAUAAAUAUAUAUGUAUGAUUGUU